AGUGUGUAUAUAACAGGACCAUGUUCAUUUUUUUCAGAGAUGAAGUGGCUUGUGUGCCUGAUCGCUGCAGGUCUUUACCUGUGUUUGAAAAACUACAUGAAUACUGAACCUGCACGUUUGAGCAGAAGCGUUAUUGAAAAAGCUGUGAUUGACGCCAAGACCAUGGUGGACUCAGCUUAUGAGUACUCCAGAAGAGUGAGCGUUGAACGCGUGAGGAGGGAUGCAGUGAGUCCGUCAGACACCCUGCGGUUGUUGAAGCAGCCUGUUGGGCAAACCCGUAAUGCUGUGCGGGCUGCUGACUAUAUGCACAAUGCCGUUAAACUGAUCCAGAUGUCUUUGCAAAGACAUCAACAACCCUUCAUCAAUGCCACAGAUCUGAUCUCGGAGGAGGAUAUGCAGUUCAUUGCUGAUCGGACAGGGUGCUUUUCCCAACAUCGUGCCCCGUCUUGCAAGACUACUCCCAAUUUAGGCAGGUUUCGCACUGCAAGCAGCAUCUGUAACAACAGGUGUGUAUCUGACCUUAAAGGUGACGAGCGGUCCAAUGAGCAAAUUGGUCUGACCGCUUUACACACACUGUUCCUGCGUGAGCACAACCGUCUGGUUUAUCAUCUGGCACAGCUCAAUACUCACUGGGACGGAGAGAGACUCUAUCAAGAAGCACGUAAAAUCAUGGGAGGAUAUUCACAGGUUCUCACUUUCAGAGAAUACUUAGGUCACAUUGUUGGUCCAGACUUCAUUGCCAGUCAUCUUUCUACCUACCCUGGUUAUGAUGAACACGUGGACCCCUCGAUCUCCAAUGUGUUCGCCACAGCUGCCUACCGAUUCGCUCACCUGAUGGUCCAGCCCCACAUGUUUCGUCUUAAUGAGAUGUACGAGGAGCACCCUGUUUACCCCAGCCCAUUGCUGCACAAAGCCUUCUUCACACCGUGGAGGAUCGUCUUUGAAGGUGGUGUGGACCCAAUCAUCAGGGGCCUGGUGGGUCGUCCGGCCAAGCUGAACACACAGGAUCACAUGAUGUCUGAUGAGCUGAGGGACAGGCUCUUUAAAUUCACCAGUCAGUUGGCACUGGAUCUGGCCGCUCUCAACAUGCAGAGAGGAAGAGACCAUGGACUCCCUGGCUACAACAAAUGGCGCAAGUUCUGUGGGCUGACACAACCACGAAAUCUGGAAGAGUUGGCUGAAGUGCUAAACAACACAGAAAUAGCGGAGAAACUGCUGGAUCUCUACAAAACACCCGACAACAUUGAUGUGUGGCUGGGAGGAGUGGCUGAGCCGUUUGUCCCCGGAGGAAGAGUGGGACCUUUGUUUGCUUGCCUGAUUGCCCGUCAGUUCCAGCAGAUCCGCCAGGGAGACCGACUUUGGUGGGAGAAUAAUGGAGUAUUUACUGAGGCCCAGAAGAAAUCACUGAGGGAAACUUUGCUCGCUCGCAUUAUCUGUGACAACACUGGUAUCACUGAAGUACCGAAAAACCCCUUUCUGUACCGGCCUCGUGGCUACGGUUACACCCGGUGUGAGAACAUCCCUGCCUUUGAUCUCAGUCCAUGGAAUGAGGAUGACCCACAUGGACCCUCGGCACCAACAGGACCAUAUGGACCCCCUGGACCUCAUUUCACCUUUGAGCAAGUGGCUUUCUCUAUGCGACUUGGCAACGACAUGCCCCAAGCCGGAAUGCCCCUCCACUUCAGUGAGGCCAUCUACAAUGGACAGAACAGCUAUAACCCAAAGACAGGGAUGUUUACAUCUCCGCAUCCAGGCGUGUAUGAAUUCCAGUUCCACUGCACCAUCUUCCAAAAGGAUGGCAGUAUAGAUCUGAUGCGUAACGAACAUUUGAUCGUGCACUCAUUCACCACCUGGCAGACAGGUUACCUCACAGCCAGUGGCAACACCUACAUUAAGCUUAACAAGGGAGACCAUGUCUAUCUGGUGGCCAACCACGAUGGCAACGGUUUGACCCAUGACUGUUUCUUUUCAGGGCAUUUUCUGUUUUCUGAGUAGGAGCUCUUGAAACAGCUUUUGACCCACAGCAUCCCUAAGACGCUGCAAAAGGAAAUCUGUUUUGACCAGUUAUUUACUCUAAUAUACCUCUUAGUUGCUGCCAAUAGGGUGAGAUAAUCGCACUCAAGGCACCACAGGUGCUAAAAAUUAUUCUGGUUUGACCUUUUCUCAGGAGCAGAGCUAUGCUGAGACUUUAAUUAAAGACAAAAUAACAUCUUAAAAUAGACAUUUUGUUGUAGUGAACCUUGCUGAAAAAAAAGCAUUAUUUUACUGUUUUAAAAGAUUUUGUAUUGGAUGAAGGGAUAUUUCUAACGCACUGAUACCUGCACUUUAUUGUUACAUGAAGGGCAUAGCUUAUUGUACUAUUUUUCUUUUGUUGUAAAAUUAACUAAAAAUAAUAUGAAAACUGCUUGACUUAAGAUAUUAUAUUUUCCUCUACUUUUGUUUUGAAAAUUUUAACGUAUUGUACAAUUUACAAACAUGCAAUCCUCAAAUAAGAUACAAACGCAAUAGCUGUCAUUUAUAACCAAUUUCUUUGGGAACACUGUUUUUUCAGAAUGUACAUGUGAAAGUCACCUUUAGUUUGACAAUAAUAAAUGACUGUUAUACAGAUUAA